AUGCACUCAGUAUAUCUUCAAAUGUUCCUAAACGAAGCAAACCUAUUGAAACAUACAGAUCGAAAGUGUACCUAUGAUUUAUCAGCGUCCUCAAAGCGUGGUCGAUCCAAAAGUGAAGUUGAGCUUUUACAAGAACAAAUUGAAGACAUUCAGACCAUACAAUUUCAACAGCUAAACCAAAUGAAGGCUCUCUUGGAUAUGGCAGUAGUAAAUGAUCCAAUGACAUCUGUCAGUGACGGCUACGUGAGUCUUCUAAAUCAACGUGGGAUAGAGCAAAAUCAAGGCAAUCUCGAGAUCAAUGAUGGACUUUACGGAUGGUACAGGGAUUAUCCUUCCAUGGGAAGAAAUUUGGAUGCUCCGACAAGUUUGAAUCAGAUACAUUCCGAAGAAACGUUGCAUUCUUUUAUGGAAUUUUCCUCAAAACUUCCGAAGAGCAAUUCAUCAAUGCAGGCACGUCUUAGAUACGCACAAGAUCCCGUGGAUCAACUUGUGGAGCAGCUUAACAACAAUUUGACUUUGGAGUCUACGCGAUACGUUGGUCCGGCUUCUUUGUUAUUAAUAGAUAAUUAUGAAGAACAAAUCAUCCCUCAAAGACAAGAUGAUCUGUCUUCUGUCGAAGGAUAUUUGAAAGUUUUACCAAAUCCAGAAAUUGCAGAUAGUCUAAUUGAUAUCUACUUUCAUAAAAUUUGCCGCCACUUUCCUCACCUGCGGAAGAAGGUGGUGCUAGACUGUCUUAAAGAAUUGUCAACCCCACAACAGUUUCUUUUGUUAAAUAGUAUAUUCUUUGCUGCAUCACCAUUCCAUCCAGACGAAAAUUUACGUGAUGGUGGGAUUUAUCAUCAGAGGACUAAUGUAUUUAUUGAAAAAUUAGCAUUGUUACAGAGACAUUGUCUGAUAAAGCCGCACGUUUUGACAGUUAUUAGUUUAUUUAUACUGGGACUUCACACGAGAACGAUGGGUUCUGCAUGGAUCUUUCAUGGUAUGGGAACAAAAAUGGCAUUUGAAUUAGGCCUACAUCGUAAAGUCAAGAGCCAACUUGAAAUAAACGAUCGAGUUAAAGAGAUUAGGGAUAUGGCUUUUUGGGGUUGUUUUGCAGCCGAAACGUGGGUCUCUGCGUGUUACGGACGUCCAAGUGCGAUGGAUGAAUCGGCUUUUGAUGUUGAUCUUUUACCGAUAUCAUCGGAUCCUAAUCCUGAUGAAGACACUCGACUAGAUAUCGCAUGGGCUUUGCAUAUAAAUUUAUUGCGCAUCUUUUCUCAGGUGAGAAAAUAUUUGUCUAGUCGAUCAAAAACAUUAGGAAAUCAACGAGAAGAAUCUCAAUUUCGCUUUUUAGAUGCGGCUUUAGGAAAGUGGUUCCAUAAUCUUCCUAAUUGGUUGAGAUUCGAAGAAAUGUUACAGGAUGUGGAAAAAAGUUUACUUGGAUCAAUUGGAGGAGAAAUGCACACUCUUUAUUGGAUGGCGUUAAUUCUUCUUCACAGUCGAAAUAUGACUAUGUUUACCGUAAAUUCAACCAACUUCCCGUCUUCAUCAGAAGACUCAUCCAGACUCUCUUCUCAAACCAUGUGCAUUCAAGCUGCCACCAUAUUAUUUCACUGGCUUGAAGUCCUCUUUAACUUAGUACCAGAUUUUUAUGAACAUUCGUGUACGGCGCUCUUUUCAUUUGCACCUGCCAUCCGAAUAUUAUCAUGGGUAGCUCAGCAAGGGGAUAAAAAAUCAGAAAUGAUUGUAAAAAGAUUAAACGAAAUAAAGAAUGAGGUCAGAAUUAUUGCAAGGAGAAGAUUUGUUGUGAACAAAAUAGGAGAGGGUCGAUUGGAUGGAGAGGAAAGAUUAAAGAGGUAUUACGCUAACACAGGCGAAGAGACAAAAAAAGAUGUACAAUAUGCAAUGCCUGAGAAUGAUCAGUACAAAGAUUAUUCACAUACCAGAAAAAGGAAUAAUAAGAAUUGGCAAAAACAAAGGAUUCCAAUGUGGGGUGAAGACGGGCAGGAAUUCGAUUUUACCUUCUCUUUGGACAAUUAUAAUAACGAAAAUUCACCAUCUACUUUAUUUCAGUAUGGUUCGGAUGUUGCUCAGUAUCCGGCGAUAUCGAAUUUUUCAUAUGCUCCGCAAAUAGUAUCAGAAUCCACGUCACCUGAUUCUUCAAAUCCGCAAUUAUUUUACACUACUCCACUGAUGGAGUUUUCGAAUCCAGAGCCCACCACUAAUUCGAAUAAUAAUCUUUUUAGUUUUGAUACCACCGAUUCCAUUUUUCAUUUAAAAUGA